AAACUAACUCAGUGAUACAAAAAAUGUGAAGAUACUGAUACAAUUGGUAGUAUGAAAUCGACGGUGGAAGCGGCUAGGUUCACGUUAUCGAGGUGCAAACCAGUUUGAACUCGUCACGCGUCUCACACCCGAUUCAAAGUUCCUAUAAUAUUUAAGAUAAAUUAAAGAACAGUACAAAAACAAAACAAAACUUAAAUACUACGAAAAAUAAAUUCAAAGCCCUAUAUAUAUCAACCAUAAAUAUCGUAAAAGAAUAUCAAGUAUAUCGCUCAAUCAAUGACGAACAAAUCGUGAAAUCGUACGGAAUCGGAUUUCGAAUCGGAGUCGUUAAUAAGAAGCAAAUCAAAUGAGACUAAUAGCCAAACGAAAUAGAUCUAUUUGCACUAAGAUUUAUUAGAUAUUGGUGCAUACAAUGUUGUGAUGGGGUGAAUCAUCAUCGCCUAAUUUCAUUGGACUCCAAUAAUGCUAACGACGGCUCUCCAAUGUCCAGCUCUGAUGUUGAAACUUUUAAUGGCAAAAUAGUUUACAAUCUUGACGGCAGCGCCUUAAUAAUCGAUGCAGGCCAUGCGACUGUGUCGUCCAGUAAUCAUUUAAGAUCAAGCUCUGCCACAACGACACCAACAGCAGCAGCAGCAGCAGCAGCAACAGCAACAGCAACAUCAACAGUUACAGCAACAGAAACAUCUACGGCUAGAGCACCCACAGAUGUACAGUCAACAGGCAUAGAGAAUCGGAGCAGGGGACAAGUUGACGUUGAGUCUGAGGCUGACGGUGCAGUUGAGGGUGGUGAUUUGGGAGUGGAUGAUACUUGCAGGGUGCCCAGACACUUGAGCCCCAGGAUUCAUUCGUUUCGCGUGGUAUCCGCCCAAGAUGCCAGCAGCCAUUGCCUGGAUGCGGUAGAUGCGUUCCAGACACAAAAUCAUAAGCCGAUAUUGAUGUGCUUCAUAUGCAAAUUGUCGUUCGGCACUGUCAACUCGUUCAGCUUGCAUGCGAAUAGCGAGCAUCAAUUGAAUCUGGUGGAGUUGGAGCAACAGCUUUUGAAUCGUGAAUAUUCGAGUGCGAUCAUUCAGCGGAAUAUGGAUGAGAAGCCGCAGAUCUCAUUUCUACAGCCAUUGGAUGUUAAGGAUGCUCUCAACAUUGAUGCCAGCGAAACGAAGCGCAUUCAGGAUCAACUAUCAGGGUCGGGCUCCAGCUCGGGCUCUGGCUCGGGUCGAGGGGAAAGCUCGGGUGCCGAGGAUGCCGUAGCUGAUGUUGAGAUGACAGAGGCGUUGCAUAGUAUUGCAACAACUGUGAAAUUUGGUUCCUUAAAUUUAGCAACAAUUAAGACUAAUGAUAAGCCAGGUGCAAGUGCAGGUGGCACACCAACUGCAAGAGGAUCAUCAGCAUCGCCGACAGAUGCAGCCGAGCCGUUGCGGGUGGCUUGCGAGGGCGCAACACGUUCGCCUACCCCUUCGCCCCAACCUCCACCUCCUCCUCCUCCUCCUCCUCCUCCCCCUCCUCCACCUUCAGGCUCAGCUGCAACUGCAGCUCUACCCAGUCCACCUUCUUCAGAUGUAAAGUCCAGUACUGAUAAUAUAGAUAGCGAUAAGUCAAACAAGCGUAGCCAAAGGUCGGAGUCAGUCGGCUCCGGAUGUGGCACUGAUUCACCCACAGCUCCACAACAGCAGCAGCCUGUGGAUGCAGAUGCUGCAACACUAACAGCGGCCGAAAUGUUGCAGCAACAUCUGCUCUCUCUGCAGCAGCAGCAACAUCCGGCCGGCGUUUAUCCACCCACAAUACAGGCCCAGGCCCAACUAAGUUCCUUUCAUGCGUCUCUCACUGCCUUGGCCAAUGAGCAGAAUGCACGAGGUGUUAAGCUACUCACAGAAUUUCUGCAGCAGCAGUUACAGCAACAGCAGCAGCAACAGCAACAGCAACAGCAGCAGCAACAGCAACAGCAACAGCAACAGCAGAAACACCUUCCGUUCCCCACACACUGCUUGGAGCAUCCCGAUUUUAAGGGUGUCGACUGCAAAACUUGUGAAUUGAUUGAUAUUCAACACCGAACCAAGUCGCCGGCUACUCCCCAGUCUCAACCCCAAUCUCAGUCGCUGCCGCAGCCUCUGCGCUCGCCCAACGGCAGCAUCUCAGCAUCUAUGCCCAUCUCGCCCACCGCCUCGUCCGUUGGCAAUACAACAGCAUCGAGCUUCACGAUUGGCGCUUGUUCCGAUCAUAUUAAUGGGCGACCCCAAGGCGUGGAUUGCGGUCGCUGCGAGAUGCUAUUGAACUCGGCUCGUCUUAACAGCGGCGUUCAGAUGUCCACGCGUAACUCCUGCAAAACUCUAAAAUGUCCACAAUGCAAUUGGCACUACAAAUACCAGGAAACUUUGGAAAUCCAUAUGCGUGAGAAGCAUCCAGAUGGAGAGAGUGCCUGCGGAUAUUGUUUAGCAGGUCAACAGCAUCCACGGCUGGCUCGUGGCGAAUCCUACUCAUGCGGCUAUAAGCCAUAUCGCUGCGAAAUUUGCAACUAUUCGACGACAACGAAGGGCAACCUAUCGAUACACAUGCAGUCGGACAAGCAUUUGAACAAUAUGCAGGAGCUGAACAGUUCGCAGAACAUGGUUGCAGUGGCAGCAGCAGCAGCAGCAGCUAGCGCCAAGCUAAUGCUGCCCAGUCCAACUCCGACCCAACCUGCACCGCCUCAAACAGCAGCAGCGGCAGCGAGUGUUGGCGCUUCAGUCAAUGCCAAUGCUGCUGCAGGUAAUGCAGCAAUAUCGAAGGAGAUAGCGACGACGGCAGCAACAUUGUCAUCGACCAAACCGAAACCGACGUUUCGCUGCGACAUCUGUAGCUACGAAACAUCGGUGGCGCGAAAUCUGCGCAUCCACAUGACCAGUGAAAAACACACGCACAACAUGGCAGUGCUGCAGAAUAACAUUAAGCACAUCCAGGCAUUAAAUUAUCUUCAGCAGCAGCAGCAGCAGCAGCAGCAGCAGCAGCAGCAGCAACCAGCAGCAACGGGCAAUUCGAGCAGCUUUAUGACAGCUGGGCCGGAGGUAGCCUUAGCUGACUUGGCUUAUAACCAAGCGCUGAUGAUACAGUUGCUGCAGCAGAAUGCCCAGGCACAGCAGCAGCAGUUGCUGCCCUCCACUGCCAGCAAAAUGUCGCCAACAAACACGGGCUCGCCGGCUAGCACGCCGGAGCAGCUGCACGCCACGUUCGCCGCCUACUCGCCAAAGCCCAUGAAGAUGCCAACGGGGAUCGGGAAUCUGGCGACUGCAACGAGCGCUGAGCUAGAGGCGCUCGACGCGUACUCGGAGAGCCAGCCGGAGCCGUGGCCCACGGCCCUAUAUAGCUGCCUGAUAUGCGAUUGCUAUAGCACCAACGAUAUGGAGGAGCUGAAUCAGCACCUGCUGCUGGACCGGUCGCGGCAGCUGUCGAGCUCCUCCACGGACAUCAUGGUCAUCCACAACAACAACUACAUUUGCCGCCUAUGCAACUACAAGACCAAUCUAAAGGCCAACUUCCAGCUGCACAGCAAGACGGACAAGCACUUGCAGAAGCUCAACUUUAUCAAUCACAUUCGCGAGGGCGGGCCGCGCAACGAGUAUAAGCUGCAGUACCAAACCCAGCUAGCGGCGAAUGUGGUGCAGGUGAAGUGCAACUGCUGCGACUACCACACGAACUCCAUUCAGAAGCUCUCGCUGCACACGCAGCAGAUGCGGCAUGACACAAUGCGCAUGAUCUUUCUGCACUUGCUGCACAUCAUACAGAAGAGUCGCAUGCAUCGUAGUUACAGGGAGUCGCCGAUGCCUAUGCCGAUGUCGAUGUCGAUGUCGAUGUCGAUGCCGAUGUCAAUGUCGAUGUCGAUGUCGAUGCCGAUGCAGUUACUCAAUGACGAUCAGCAGGAGCAGCAGCAGCAGCAGCAGCAGCAGCAGCCACAUCAACAACAACAACAACAACAACAGACAUCGCCAUCAGCAUCAUCGACGCCCCCGAAGAAAUCCCUUUGUUGUCAACUGUGUAACUUUGUUGCCAAAAAUCUGCAUGACAUGGUGCAACACGUGAAGGGCUUGCGGCACAUGCAGGUUGAGCAAUUCAUUUGCCUCCAGCGCCGUAGCGAAAAUAUGGAGAUGCUCGGACUCAACGAGGUGUUCAAGGUCACCGAACAACUGCCGCUGGCCCCCACUGAAGAUUCAAGCCUCGACUGCGGCCUCAAUUUAGCUACGACUGCUUCUGCUGGUGCAGCGACAGAAAUGGGCUUUGGAUCUUCCACGGAUGCCAAUAUAUUCUCGCCGGCCUCCGUCUCCAGCUGUGCAACUUCCAGUGGCAAGGCACAGGCGCGCGUCCCUUCCCCCUUAUCAUCAGGCUGUGCGUCGACGACUAUUUUCAAAUGUAACAUCUGCGAAUACUUUGUGCAAUCGAAAAAGGAUAUGGAGGGCCACAUCGAGGCUGCUCAUCCUAGCUCUGAGAUAGACGACUAUGUUAGUAUGCCGACAAACACGGCUGCGCUGCAAGCCUUUCAAACAGCUAUCGCAGCUGCUGCUCUAGCUGCCGUCCAGCGCUGUAGCGUCACACCCUCUUCGACGCCAACUCCAACGCCCACGACUCCAGAUGGCCGUGGUUCCGGAGUGGACAUGGAUGACUGCCCCGUUGAAAUAAAGCGCGAGCGCUUGGACGAGACCGACGAAGCGCCUGGAGCUGAGGUAAAGGAAGACGCCAAGAGCGCGAACGAGAAGCUGCCCAAGUCGGGUGUCUCAUGUCCACUGUGCUUGGAGAGCGGAUAUAACGAAAAAUCAUCACUGGAAACGCAUCUGAUGAGCGUGCACAGUGUGACGCGAGACGGACUCGCUCGACUCCUGCAGCUGGUCAAUCACAAGGCGUGGCGUCCUCUUAAAGACACUGAUCCGACGACGACGACGACGAUGACGACGACGACGACGACAACAAUGGGAGCUGACGACAGCAAAGGAGCGAUGGGUGAUGCCACGCCCACAGCUACGCCCACACCCACAGCUGUCUCAACGGGCGUUAUGCAGGGCCUGGCGUGCCAGCAGUGCGAAGCGAACUUCAAGCACGAAGAGCAGCUGCUGCAGCACGCGCAGCAGGCGCAGCAUUAUCCAAUGCAAAGCGGCGAAUACCUUUGUUUGCUUGUUAACCACCAUAGUCGGCCGUGCUAUAUGACCUUUGGUAGCUUGUCCGCAAUGACUGGGCACUUCAAGGACUCGCACAUGAGUCUGGUCAUCUCGGAGCGGCACGUCUAUAAGUACCGCUGCAAGCAGUGCUCCCUGGCAUUUAAGACGCAGGAAAAGCUUACCGCUCACAUGCUCUACCACAGCAUGCGAGAUGCAACCAAGUGCUCGCUGUGCCAGCGCAAUUUCCGCAGCACUCAGGCACUGCAGAAGCACAUGGAACAGGCGCACCCGACUGAAUGCUCGCCCGUCACGAGCAGUCCUGGGGACAUGUCACCUAGUCCGUUGUACGGUGCCAGCGGGAUAGACAAGCCACCAGCCGAGUCAAAUGUUUUUGAUUUUACUACCACACGAGCCAGUGAAACAGUGGCCAAGGCGAAUGAGACUGGAGCAAAGCAGUCGCCGCAGCGCCUAACCUCGCCAUUGCCCCUAGACGUACAUGCGAAGGAAGCAGCUUCGAGCUCUCAGUUGCUGUCGCCAAGCGCGCUAGACGAGCCUUCGGCAACGGAGCAGCAUCAGCACUUUGCAGCUUUAACUGCUGCGCUGCUCAAACAGCAACAGCAGCAGCAAGAGGCAGCGGAUGACCAGCAAUUGGCGAUCUCAAGUGGCGAACUGCAUCAGCUACAGUUGCAGCUGCAGGCGCAGCAAGACAAGGCUCAUCAGCAGCAGCAGCAGCAGCAGCAGCAGCAGCAGCAAUCAGCUCCAUUCGUUAACAUCACUCCGCAGUCCUUUCAAGGACUUCAGAGCAUACAGAGCUUGCAGCAAAUACAGCAGCAAUUGAAUGUUGCAGCAGCGGGCUCAGGGAUGCCUAUUAAUCCGGUGGACAUGCUCAAUCUGAUGCAAUUCCACCACUUGAUGUCACUGAACUUUAUGAACCUGGCACCGCCAUUGAUAUUUGGGGGCAAUGCUACAGCUGGAGCCGCUGGAGCAGCAGCAGUAGCCGCAGCAGCUGGAGUUGGCGGAGUCCAGAACAAUGGCAUUGGCUCCGGCCAAGCAGCUGCAGCUGGCAGCUCCGAGCGCCAGUCAAAGAGCUCAGGCGCUACAGCAGGCGGCAGCCUGGCAGCGGAUGCCACCAGCAUCAACCUCAUUCCACCCAACAACACUCAGCAGCAACUGAGCAGCAACCAGAAGCGCGCUCGCACUCGCAUCACCGACGACCAACUGAAGAUAUUGAGAGCUCAUUUCGACAUAAACAAUUCGCCCAGCGAGGAGAGCAUUAUGGAAAUGUCCCAGAAGGCCAAUCUUCCAAUGAAGGUUGUUAAGCACUGGUUCCGCAACACGUUGUUUAAGGAACGACAGCGCAACAAGGACUCGCCGUACAACUUCAAUAAUCCGCCGUCGACUACUCUUAAUCUAGAGGAAUAUGAGCGUACUGGACAAGCAAAGGUGACCUCUUUAGCUCCAGCGGAUGCUCCAGUGGCGCCAACUUCAGCGGCAGCAGUAGGAGCAGCAGCUGCAGCCAGCAACAACCUAAUAGCAACAACAUCGUUACCAGCGGCAACGGCAACAGCAACUGCAACAGAUCUGAGUAGCAACAGCAACAUAAGUGAUUUUUUUAAAGCGCAAGUUAUUGACAUGAUGCCCACUCAGGCGGUAGCCGAGCAGGUAAACGCAUUGCCAUUGGAGGUGGAAAUCAAAUCUGAGCCGCACGACGACAACCUCGACUUCUUUCACAAAAGUCAAUGCCAGCUUAAGCAGAAUCAGCAUCAGCAGGAGCAGGAGCAGCAGCAGCAGCAGCAGGAGGAGCAGCAGAAAGAACAGCAGGUGUUUCAGUUUCUGAGCCAACAGCAACAAAUGGAGACAGCAGAGUCGCUGAUGCCACACCUCGGUAUGGACAUGCAUGAUAACCCAAUGCAGCAGCAGUCAGCCGGACACCAUCACAGUCAACUGCAACAGCAACAGCAACAGCAACAGCCGCAGCAGCAACAGCAAACGAAUUGCUUUGAAACGAAGUCGGAGAGUGGAAGCUCGGAUGUGCUAUCAAGACCGCCGACGCCGAAUAGCAUUGCACCCGGCAAUUUGUAUAGUAGCAUGAACGAUUUACUUAGUCAGCAGCUGGAGAACAGUGGCAGCAAUAUGGGACCGCCGAAGAAAUUGCAGAUAUCUGGUAAAUCAUUUGAGAAGCUAGCGGGAACGAGCUCAUCGUCAGGCGACCGGGCUUUGCCGACAGCGCAAGUUUGCUUGGAGAGCAACUCAUCGAACUCAUCGAACUCCUCGUCCUCAACAUCCGGCGGCAAGCGCGCGAAUCGCACGCGCUUCACGGACUAUCAAAUCAAGGUGCUGCAAGAGUUUUUUGAGAACAAUUCGUAUCCGAAGGACAGUGACUUGGAGUACCUAAGCAAGUUGCUGCUACUGUCGCCACGGGUAAUUGUUGUGUGGUUCCAGAACGCACGACAGAAGCAGCGCAAAAUCUAUGAGAAUCAGCCGAACAACUCCCUGUAUGAAAGCGAGGAGACUAAGAAGCAGAAUAUCAACUACGCCUGCAAGAAGUGCAGUCUGAUAUUUCAGCGCUACUACGAGCUGAUACGCCAUCAGAAGAAUCACUGCUUCAAGGAGGAAAACAACAAGAAGUCGGCCAAGGCGCAAAUUGCAGCUGCGCAAAUCGCUCAUAAUCUUAGCUCAGAGGACUCCAAUUCCUCUAUGGAUAUACAUAAUCACCAGGCAACUGGAAGCCUGGGUCAAAACGUGGCGGCUGCUGUUGCUGUGGCUGCAGCAGCAGCAGCCCACUCGGCACACUCUGCUCAUUCGGCUCAUUCGGCUCAUUCGAGCUCACAGCCAUUUGGAUCAUCUCCAUCGCCGCAGCAUCUAUUUAGCAAGGCCUCAUCGCUAACUGACUUUAGUCCAUCGACGACACCAACGCCACCGCAGAGGGAGCGCAGCAAUAGUCUGGACCAGCAGCGCUUGCCAAAAUUUGAUUGUGAGAAGUGCGAAAUGCAGUUCAAUCAAUUGGAGUCACUGCGUGAGCAUCAGCUCAUGCACUUGAUGAGUCCGGCUCUCUUUUCUGCCAGCAGCCAUCAGCCGGCCAGUCAGUCUGAAGCAGCUUAUGGCCCCUUUGGCAGUAUAUUGCAGGGGCUGCAGCAAGCAGCACAGCAGCAGCAGCAGCAGCAGCAGCAGCAGAAACAACAAGAGCCGCCAGCAAAGAAAAGAAAAUGCUCUGAAAGCUCUUCAAAUGCUGAGGAGGUAUCAAUGGGAGAGUUUGAGACUACUCAAAAGAAAUACGAGUUCCUAUAUCAAUACUUUAUGCAGAACGAAGCCAGCGCAGAGCUUAAGCAACAAUUUCUACUUCAGCAUCAGCUGCAGCAGCAGCAGCAGCAACAGGGAAAUGAAACGGACUUGGAGCUAGAGUUCUUGAGCGAUUUCUAUCAACAAAGAGAACUGAAGAAGGUCAAUAGCUAUGAUUUUUUAUUGCAAUACUAUCGAAAAAAUGAGGAUGGAUUGAAGCAGCAUAAUCAGCAACUGUCAUUUAGCGCCAGCAAGAAGCCCACAAUUGAAUUCCUGUUGCAAUACUAUCAGCUGAAUGAAUCUAAGAAGUUUUUUCAGUUAGCCGCCUCGCCCCAAACCAAGUCUCAGCCGUCGUCGCAGCAGCCGAACGCGACGACGGAUGAACCAAACACAUUGAUCGGCUUACAGGAGCAGCAGCAGCUGCAAGAGAAAAAGGUUAAGGUGGAGCAAACUGAGCACCUGGAGGAGGUGCAGGAGAAUUGCAUCGAUCCAGACGGAACUCAAGGCUGUCCAGCUGAUGCGAAUGAUCUUCUGCCGCCCGACGAGAAGCUCAACAACAACCAUAUCAACAUAAACAUCAACGAAGCUCAACGCAUGCUGAGCAGAGAUACAAAGGAAAAUGAUGUCAUUGAGCGUCGUGACAUGGCCCUGGAGCAACUGAACCAGUCGAAUGAACCAAUCAAUGGAGACAAGCAGAAAUCGCUCAACGACAAGCCGCAGUAUUUUCAAAACCUCGAAGACUUCCUCGACGCAACAAUGAUUGAGAACAAUUCGCAAAUGCUAACAUUCAAUGACGACGAGAAUCCAAGUCCUAGAGUUGAGAGUAUCAAGUCCAAUGAUUGUUUGCCCCUGGACACGACAUCAGUGCAGCUCAGUGCGCCUUCCAAGCAGAACAAACGGCUGAGAACAACAAUACUUCCAGAUCAAUUGAACUUCCUGUACGAGUGCUACCAGACCGAGUCGAAUCCCAGCCGUAAAAUGCUUGAGGAGAUUUCCAAAAAAGUCAAUCUUAAAAAACGUGUCGUGCAAGUUUGGUUUCAGAACUCUCGAGCUAAAGAUAAGAAAUCGAGGAAUCAGCGACAAUAUGCGCACAUUUCGGAUGACAACAACAGCUUUGACGGAUCCAGUGGCAAGGAGGUUGGCAACAACAGCAAUAACAGCAACAAUGGAUGUCUUGGUGGUGCUGGCAUCAAGUCAACCAAGACUCUAGCAUUGAGCCAAGAGGGCAACGACCAGCAGCUGCAAGAUUGCCAAUUGUGCCAAAUACCACAGGUGAAUAUGCAUAAGCAUGCAUUCAGCGUGGAGCACAUCUGCAAGAUGAAGGACCUGCUUGAGCAGACCAGCGAGCUAUAUGCCCACAGCAAUGCCAGCGGCAGCGACAACGACAACGAGAGCGACAGGGACAGGGAGAGGCGCUUCUACAGCCUCUCAAAGGCAUUUCUACUGCAGCACGUCGUAUCGAAUGCGAGCAAUAAUAUUGCACCCAUCGCCUCAACUGGGCAACUGGGCGAUGAGAACAAUUGCUUACUGAACUACGACCCGAGUGCAUCGGUGUCCGCUGUAGAUGAUUCGGCGGCAGAUGGGCGACCGGCUGCGUCAACUGCGAUGGGCCAUCGUCACCUGGCCGGAGACAUCGCCGUAUCCGUGAAAGACAACGACGUCGACAUGCCAGAGGCUGGCCGAAAGAAUUCGUCGGCCAAUCGAGAUCUAAUGCAACAACUAUUCAAUCGCAAUCACAUUACUGGUAAGAUUUGCGAAAUCACAUGGAUCGCCCCAGCGGAAAUAUAAAUUAUAUUAUUAUUAUUAUUAUUA